UGUAAAACAUGGCCGCGGAGAGAGAUAUUUCUCGACAAGUAAAAGCGAUUGCUGAGGCGGCAAUAGCAAGCAUAAACCAACUAACAUCGUUAAUAGAAAGAUCUGGACCUUCAGCAUCGUCGACGUCAACAUCUGCUUCAACAACUGCUUCAGCAUCUGCUACUGUACCCCAGAACCAACCUGCUGUAGAUCAAUUGACCGAACUUCGAAGGCGCUUUCCGACAACAUCGAGAAAUGCGAGUGGAGCCAGCAGAAAUCCAACCACUGGGAGGUAUACCAGUAGAUCCCGCAAUUCGUCAACUUCUCACCCUUACUCCAGAGGAAAUCAAACUCAAAGUUCUAGGCGGGUUGGUCGACCAUCAACAAACGACAUUGUUGCCAAGGAUGUGGUCAUCUUGAAUUGGGAUAGUAGCAAGAUACCAACCAAACCUGAGAAGGUGGAACUGGAACAAAAUGGCAGAAUUAUAUCUGGGUUCGAUAUUGACCGUCAAUGGGAUUCAGACACACUUAAGCUGAAGUUAUCAGAAUUAUUGACUGGUGAACUUAAUGGGAUGGCAUUUGAGAUAGUCAAAAACUGCUCUGGGACAUUGGUCAUACCAAACAUACCGGCAGGUAAACAAGUUGAUGCAAAACUUCUUCUUAAGUCCAUUGCACCAGCCGGCAUUGUGUACAUCAGACUCAUGGAAGAAGCACAGUCUACAAAUGACAACAAGGAUGGUGCAGCAGAUGAGCUUCCCUAUCAUAACACAUUCUCUGAAGAUAUGGAUGAUAACACCGUUGCCACUAUUAACUUAACCCAACCCACCAUCUCAUCCUAUUUCCAUAAUUCAAGUCAGGAUGUGGCUGAUACCCAGAGAAGUAUUGGCAAUGAAGCAACAUCAACUGUUAAACCAGAAGCCCAGUGCCCUUUUGACAUACAGCUGAUCAUUGAUAAUGCUAAAGAUCAAGGAUUAUCAGAUCCUGUGGAAUUGUUGCGAUUCAUCCAGCAGCAUGUUGUAUCUGGCCGACCACUGGAACUGUCUUCUCUUGAGGAAACGUUAGAGGGUGCAACAAAUUUAAUAACAAUUGACAGAGACAGGGUUAUUGAAUCCACAUUCAGUGAACUUGAAUUUAUUGAUAAUCUAAGUACAACCUUUCAAGUUGACUUCAUGGGGGAGGAGUCCGUUGACCUUGGCGGACCACGUAAGGAGUGGAUUAGAUUGAUGAACCAUGCAAUCAAGGAAAAAUACUUUGAUCAUGGGUUACGACCCUUGCUGGCCAAAGAUUACUAUUUUGUUGGAGUAAUGAUAGCAGUUGCCAUGCUGCAAAAUGGCCAGUUGCCUGCCUUUAUUGGUGAUGAGAUCCUUCGAAGAAUUCUAUCAUCAAAAAAUAGCCCUGAUCCUUGUAUAUACCAAAUUCAGCGUGGUCUUGAGAUGUUGGGCAUGCUAUCAGCACUGAUACAACUGCCUAUGCUGACUUACCUGUUGCGACCUGGAGCCCAGCAGAAAGUAAAUGUGCAAAAAUUGUUGCACAUUUUGCAGCCACAGUUUUCAGAGGAAGGGUCUAAUGCACUCACAAUGGAAAAAGAGGUUUACCAAAUGUUUGUAAGGUAUGUGAGAGAAGUGGCAGCAGGCAGGCGAGUUUGUGGAGAUAUAACCUUGGAUCUAAGCCACAUUCUUCAGUUUGUUACUGGUGCAGCAGAAGAGCCUGUGCUUGGAUUUUUCCUCCCUCCAUCAUUAAAAUUUAUCUCACCAACUGAAAUGCCAGUCCAGUCAUCUGGUUCUGACCCAACACAAGUCAUAGCUGGUUUUCUCCCAUUCGCUCGCACUUGCAGCAACAGUUUGCAUUUGCCUAGGGCAACAAGCCAAUACCCUCUUCCCACUAAGGAAAAAUUAUUUGACCUCUAUGAUAUGGCAUUCAGUCAUCAUAUUUGGGAAGCAGUAAAUUGUAAAACACUCCUUGGUACCAUAUAUAUUUCUAAAAGUAAAACUGUGAUAUGGAUGGUUAUUAUUGUUCUUGUUCUUGUUCUUGUUACUGUUCUGUUAAACAAAGAUAACACUAAAAUAUUCCAAAUUUUGUAA